AUGUCGAUCGUAACCGAGAUUCUUACUGGAGAUAACUAUAAUACAUGGAUAAUCACUAUGAGAACUAGUCUAGAAGCAAAGAAUAAGAUUAGUUUCGUUGAUGGAUCUCUUCCUCGACCUCAUGAAUCUGAUCCUUUGCACAAAAUCUGGAUUCGUUGCAAUAGUAUGGUGAAGGCUUGGAUGCUGAAUGUAGUCUCUAAACAAAUCUAUGAUAGCAUUCUCUAUUUUCAAGAUGCUGCUGGAAUUUGGGAAGAUCUUCAUAGACGGUUUCAUAAGAGUAAUCUCCCUCAGAUCUAUAACCUUGAGCAAGAGAUAAGCUCUUUGCGUCAGGGAAAUAUGUCAUUAUCUGAAUAUUACACCAAGAAGGUUACUCUCUGGGAGCGUUUGGCUUGUACUAAGAAUCUGAUGGAAAAUGGUGGAUGUCGGUGCUCACAAGUUAUGAAGCUAUUAGAUGAUUAUGAGACCACACGCAUCACUCAGUUUCUUAUGGGACUCAAUGAUGAUUUCACUAAUAUCAGAGGACAAAUAUUGAAUAUGAAGCCACGGCCUAGUCUUUCUGAUAUGUACAACAUGUUGGAGUCUGAUGAGUCUCAACGGCAACGUAUCAGUACAAAGCCUAACCCGUCUGCUUUCCAAGUCAAAGCACAAGUGAAUGCAUAUCAACCAAAGGGAUUUCAGAAACCUCAAACCACUUGUGCACAUUGUGGUUUAAACGGACACACUAUUGAUGUCUGCUACAAAAUUCAUGGAUUUCCUCCGGGUUGGAAACCAAAGAAUCAGAGACAGAACUCUAAUCAAAGGUUUAAUGCACCAGCGGCAGCCAAUCUUGCUCUUACUGAAUCUGGAUCAGAAUAUGACAGGGAAAAAGCACUCAGUCCUGAACAGUUACAGUACUUGGUAUCUUAUCUCAACUCAAAGCUGCAGCCUCAACAAUCUGCAGGACAUGCUCAUACUAACUCCUCGACUGCAACUAUUACUGAGAUAACUUCUCCUGGUUCUUCGGGUCUGAAUCCUAUGGCUUGCCAAAUGACUGAAAAAAUGAAUUCUUGGGUUAUUGACACUGGUGCUACACAUCAUGUCACCCAUGAUAAGAACCUGUUUCAGCAUAUGACACCUAUUCAAGAUACAACAGUAAAACUUGCUAAUGGUGUUGGUGUAAGAAUACAGGGUUUAGGAAAUAUAAGACUCAACGAUAAGCUUUUGCUUACUGAUGAUCUUACAAAGGGGUUGAUGAUUGGCAGAGGUAGAUUACACAACAAGCUAUACUUCUUGGAUUUGCAGUUUCAACCAUCAGAUCAAGCUAUUCCUACAUUCUGCGUCUCAGUAAAGUCGGACUUCCAUACUUGGCAUCAAAGAUUGGGUCAUCCUUCUACUCAAAAGCUCAAAUAUUUUUUGACUAUUGUGGAUGAUCAUUCUCGGGCAACAUGGGUGUAUCUGCUCAGAAAUAAAUCAGAAGCUAUCACAGUAUUACCUGGUUUUGUUUCAAUGGUUGAAACACAAUUUGAUACAAAGAUCAAGGCAGUGCGCUCAGAUAAUGCUCCGGAGUUCAAUUUCACAAAGUUCUACAGAGAAAAAGGGAUAGUAUCUUACCACUCUUGUCCAGAGACUCCCCAACAAAACUCUGUAGUAGAGAGGAAACACCAACAUCUUCUCAACGUUGCAAGAUUACCUACAGAACAGUUUUCUAAUAAGUCUCCUUUUGAGAUCUUAAUGCAGAAACCACCAGAGUAUGAUGCUUUGAGAACAUUUGGAUGUUUGGCUUAUGCUUCUACUUCGCCACAACAGAGACACAAGUUUGCUCCAAGAGCAAGAGCUUCUAUUUUUCUGGGAUAUCUUAUUGGCAUUAAGGGUUACAAACUUCUGGAUAUUGAAACUCAUGAUGUCUUCGUAUCAAGACAUGUCAUUUUUCAUGAAGAGUUAUUUCCUCUGGCAAUUGGAGACAUGAAACAGCAAAUUCAGGAUUUGUUUCCUUCCGUGUCUGAUUUUGGUAAUGGUUUAGCAGUGGAUAAAGGUUCUGUUAUCAUUCCCAAGGCACAUAAGGUUACUGAGCUACAAGACAGUGUUGAGGAUGUUUCUGCGGUAGAAGAUUCUGCGUCCAUCACUCACAUGUCUAAGCCAAAUCCGGAGAAUGCAGUUGCUGUAGAAGAUUCAGUUACUGUUAAUGCUGAUAUGUCUUCAGAUAACGAUGAAUUAACCGAAAUGGUUAUUGAUUUUCCAAGGAAAACGAAACAACCUGCGUAUCUGCAGGAUUAUCAUUGUUAUCAUGUUAGCACAGAUAUACUCUACCCUCUGUGUCACUAUUUGUCAUAUGACAAAUUAUCUGGACCUUAUCAUUUCUUCUUAACCGCUAUCUCAAGGGAAUUUGAACCCACAACCUAUUCAAAAGCUAUGAAGCAUAUUGUUUGGACAAAUGCAAUGGGAGAAGAGAUUACAGCAUUGGAAGCUACUAACACUUGGUCGAUAUGCUCUCUUCCUGCUGGUAAACAUGUUAUUGGCUGCAAAUGGGUUUAUAAGGUCAAAUAUCAUUCUGAUGGCACUCUAGACGACAUAAAGCUCGAUUGGUGGCUAAAAGAUACACUUAAAAAGAAGCUGGAUAUUUCUAAUGCCUUCUUGAAUGGAGAUUUAGAUGAAGAAAUUUACAUGAGAUUACCACCUGGAUAUGCCUCUAGUAAGGGGGACUCUUUACCACCCAAUGCAGUUUGUAAACUCAACAAGUCACUUUACGGACUUAAACAAACUUCAAGGCAGUGGUAUUUGAAAUUUGCAGAGACGCUGCAGAGUUUAGGAUUUCUGAAAAAUCACUCUGAUCAUACUUUAUUCACAAAAGUUACAGGUUCUAUUCUACUGAUAGUUCUUGUUUAUGUGGAUGAUAUUAUUAUCUCUAGCAACAAUGAUACUGCUGCUGAUGAACUCAAGACAUAG